CCAUCCCCACAUGGGCCCCGCCCUCUAGCGACGGAACCUCAGGGCUCCUCCUCCGCUAAGUGUUUGCUGUCCCUAUGGCUGCCUACGAAGAGGUGCGUGUGUCCGGCUUCGAGGAAUUCAACCAGGCUGUGGAGCAGCACCAGGGCAAGACCAUUUUCGCCUACUUUAGCGGUUCUAAGGAUGCUGAAGGAAAAAGCUGGUGUCCUGACUGUGUGCAAGCUGAACCAGUCGUUCGAGCAGGGCUGAAGCAUGUUAGUGAAGGAUGUGUGUUCAUCUACUGCCAAGUAGGAGAAAAAUCGUAUUGGAAAGAUCCAAAUAAUGAUUUCAGAAAAAAACUGAAAAUAACUGCGGUGCCUACGCUCCUGAAAUAUGGAACGCCUCAAAAACUGGUAGAAUCUGAGUGUCUUGAAGACAACCUUGUGGAGAUGUUGUUCUCUGAAGAUUAAGAUUCAAUGAUGGCACUUGUGUCUUGAUUUCCUGGUUUGCUCUAGUAUAAAAGAAACUUUGUACUUCCUUUGAAUUCACGUUGGCAAUAAAUAAAUGGUGUUAAAAUCAG